CUGCCCCUUCUCCACUCCCAGUCCCACAUUCCACAGGAAGCCUCCGUUUGUGCACGGCCGCAGUCACACAGACAAGCUCCGAGGAACAGUCCGAGACACCACCUCCCAUCGCGAUCUAUCUUCGCGAUGUCCUAUGACCUCUUCUCCCUCAACUUCGUCCCGCGGCAAGAGGAUCGCACAAUCAUAGACCUUGUCGAUCCCAAGGGACUAUCGUACUACACCAAGAGACGUGUUUUGACGACCGAGUACAAGAUCGAGGUCUAUGACACACUAUCUGAAAGCCUCCUUGCCUCUGUCUCUGCACCAAGCGCGUCCAGCAAGCACAAGACGCUUCAGCUACACAACCCCGACUCUGUCGUCGAGCUGAAGUCCACGGGAGUGCUGACGUUCAAGUGGAGUUUCAAAUGGGAAGACCAUGAGUUCGAAUGGAAGCGCGAAGAGUGCUACAUCCUCCGCAAACCCGACCCUGCCGUGCUCGUAGCGCAGACCAAAGAGCCUCCAGGCAAACUCCAGACGCGCAACGUCCAGAUCCUCGACUACAACAUCAACCGCUUCGACAUCAACGACCGUAAAGGCCUCGAGAUUGUCAUACUCACCGCACUGCUGACUUUCUCCGACCUCAACGAGGCGGCCCACUCCGGCUCCCUCCCCACCCCCACCCCAGUCCCCGCUUCUACACCCGCAGCCGCGGCCGCGCCCCCAGUUCUCUCCCCAACUGCGACCUCGCCACCCACGUCCAUCGCUGCCCCGAAUGUCUUAGCGGCUAUAGGGACCGCGCCUCGGCUCACGUCUACUGCGGCACCUGAUGGCAACGCGGAAGCUCCGGCGGUACCCCCCAGACCUGCGCCGCGGACCGGCGUCGAGCGCGUCGCGGAGAUGCACGCGCUGCGAAAUGCGCUGGGCGAGGGCGAUGUGAACGAGGUCUCGGUCUGGGAGGAGUGCGACGUGAAUGACUACGCGCAGUAUGCGGAACAGCUACUGAAUGACGAGGCGAUGCUGUUCAUCAGCAUACGUUCGGCGUCGCAGCUGCAAGUUCCAAAGGUACUGAAGGUUGUAGAGGAGACGAAGCGGCUACGGUACAAAGCUGGCAUCGCGGAGGAGGAAGAGCUGCACCAAUAUGUCAUCUACGAGACCGAAAAACGCAAAGGCCCGCGGCGCAUCAAUCUCAACGACCCGGAUCCUAAGAAGGGCAAAAUUCCCGACGCCGACAAGUACGCGCCUCCAACCUCGCUCACCAUUCACCUUAGUAAGAUCGACAUGCCGGAGCUCCAGCCCAAGCCCAACCCCGCGACUCAACGACGCGCAUCAGAAUCUAACACCACCAUCGUGCGCGCGCCGUCGCCACAGUUUGCCCCGCCUCCGUCUCAUCCCGCCGUGCGCCCACCUUCUCCGCCGCCGCCGUUCAUGCCUCCUUCCUACCCUGUCUAUCACCCGCCCUCUCCCCCAGCAGCCCCGACCCCGCUGGCAGCCUCAUCCCUCCCCAACCUCCGCUCACCGUCUCCUCCCAAGCCCCCAGCCCCAUCCCACCGUGGCGUGCUGCCGCCGAUGCCAGUAGCUAUCCGUGAGCUCACUGAUAAAGAGCGAAAGAAGGCGGAGAAGGAGCGUCAAAGGCUGGAGAAAGAGCGCGAGAAGGCGGCGAAGGAGCGCGAGAAGUUCGAGAAGAAGAAAGGGCGGAGGCAGUCCUCCGCGUACACGCACGUACCACCCCCACCGCCCACAAAUAUGUUUACGAGACCGUACCCUUCCCCGAGUCCCUCCCCACAGCCACAUCCGUAUCAUACCCCUGCGCACAUGGUGCACCCGUACCAGCCCUCCCCGUCGCCGUCGCAGCUGAACAACCCCGGCAUAUACGGCGCCCCACCUCCAAAUGCUCCCAGCCCACGCCCCAGACCGGUGUCGAUGGCGUACAACUCCUCGUCCUCGGGCGUGAACUCCCCGAGUGCGUACCAGCCGAGCUACCUUUCGCCGAUGGGAAGCGGGGGGAGCAGGCCGCAGUCAGUUUAUGGCUCGAGGGACAAGGAUGGUAAGGGUCCGGUUUCGGGGUUAUUGCACAUGUGGUCGAAGGACUAGGUUUGCUGCUUUGGCCUCGCGUUUCGUAGAGGAUGUGGAAGCGCUCGAUUUGAUCGGCGUUGGAUGACUCGGGGUGCGUGCAGACCGUUUAUGGCUGUGCUGCCGAGUCCUCGGAGAGUCAUAUGGCAUUGCACACCAGCCUUCCUACUACUUCCACUAUCCGACCGUGUCCGUUGGCACUACUAGAUUGUUUCGCGUCUUGUAAGGUCCGGAAAGAGAAGAAUCACUAUUAGGACUUUGACUUGACCAGCACCAUUUUACUUAUGUUUGUCUGUCGUAGGGUCCUUGACCGCUCGCGUCUGUAUUUCUACACUCACUUAGAUCACGCCGCAUACGUACUAUCACGCCCUAUUAUGACUGCGCAGGACUCGCGAGGUCGGCUAACGCUCCACGGCUGCGAUCCUGAAGGGUUCCCGUCAUGCCGUCUGUCCUUGUCAUCAAAUCUUGUCAUG